AUGAUGAGAUCGAUUUCGAUCGCAAUUGCUUCGACACCGAAGAGAUUUGUUCAUCGGAAUCUCCAGGGGAAAGGUAAUUCUUCGGCUGCUUCUCCCUCGUUUAGUCUUUGUGGAAUCUGUUGCUGGAUACGACAUUUCUCCGCCGCGAGCGAUGAUGAUUACAGUGAGAUACUCAGAAACGGGCUUCAGGAUCUCAAGCUAGACGACGCGGUUGAUCUGUUCGGUGUCAUGGCUCAGUCUCGCCCACUACCUUCCAUUGUCGAUUUCAGUAGAUUGUUGAGUGCGAUCGCCAAGAUGAAGAAGUUCGACGUCGUCAUCUCCCUCUGCCAGGAGAUGGAGGCUUUGGGAAUCCCUCAUAAUAUCUACACUUGCAAUAUCCUGAUGAAUUGCUUCAGCCGAUGCUCUCACCUCUCCCUUGCUCUAUCGUUUCUUGGAAAAAUGAUUAAGCUCGGGUAUGCUCCUGACAUAGUCACGCUUAGCUCCUUGCUCAAUGGGCUCUUCCACGGGAACAGGGUUUCAGAUGCAAUGUCGUUUGUGUAUCAGAUAGAAGAAAUGGGAUACAAACCGAACGUUGUGAUCUACAACACUGUCAUUGAUGCUCUUUGCAAAAGCAGGCGUGUGAGUGAUGCACUCCAAGUGUUUAACUCAAUGGAGAAGAAAGGGGUUAGACCUAGCGUUGUUACCUACAACUCUCUGAUAAGGGGUCUUUGCAAAUCCGGUAGAUGGAGUGAAGCCGCCGGGUUGCUGAGCGGUAUGGUGGAGAAGAGAAUCGAACCAAAUGUGAUCACUUUCAGUGGAUUGAUCGAUGCUUGUGUGAAAGAAGGGAAUGUUUUCGAGGCUAAAGAGCUGUACAAGGAGAUGAUACGAAGGUCUGUAGAUCCCGAUGUUCGGAUUUACAACUCGCUCGUCAAUGGUCUUUGCAUGCACGGUCGUCUUGACGAGGCGAGGAAAUUGCUUGCCUUCAUGGUGAGCAAAGGCUGCGUCCCGAAUGUGGUGACGUAUAAUACUCUCAUCAAAGGGUUUUGCAAGUCGAAGAGAGCACACGAUGGGAUGAAACUCUUCUGCGAGAUGGCUCAUGAAGGGAUAUGUGGCGACGCUUUCACUUACAACACACUCAUCCAUGGUUAUUGUCGAGUUGGCAAAUUCAGUGUCGCUCAAAAGGUUAUGAGACGCAUGUCUGAGUCUCGCGUGCCUCGUGAUGUUAUUACUUUCAACAUUUUGUUGGGUUGUCUGUGCGAUAUCGGGAAGGUAGAGAAAGCGUUGGCGAUAUUCAGGGAGAUGGAGAAGAAUGAGAUGGAGUUUGAUAUUUUUACGUAUAAUAUCAUCAUUCAUGGGAUGUACAAGGCUGGUAAGGUGGAGGAUGCGAUGGGUUUGUUCUCCAGUCUCGAGCUUAAAGGACUGAAACCUGAUGUUGUGACAUACCGGACAAUGAUCUCGGGGUUGUGUCGGAAAGGCCUACGGCAUGAAGCUGAUGUGCUGUAUAGAGAAAUGACAGAGGCUGAGUUUAUGCUGUUGUACAAUUUGUAG